GUCGUCCUCUGGCAAGCAGGUAAAUUUCCAAAAACUCGUAUGAGUUGCAUCAAUCUCAACACUUUUCCAACCAAACCCUAGCUAUCUCCCCCCAAUUUCAUUAAUCCACAACUUGAUUAUGCAGUGAAUUACAACAGAGGAUUCGUGUAACGAAAGAGAGCUUUUGGAACCCUAAUCUGUCAAUCAUUUCUACGGAUCGGCGCCUUUCGAGGUACCUGCUUGGUGAUGGAUGACUAUGACGUUAUUUCAGAUACUCCACAGAUGCUCCCACCGCCACCUGGCAGUUUCCCCGACCGCGAAGAACUUAUCCAACAUGUUGGGGAGUUUGGGAUAUCUCAGGGAUACGUCGUAACUAUCAAACAAUCAAAAAAAGAAAAGGUUGUAGUUCUUGGAUGCCAACGAGGCGGUGUUUAUAGAAACAGACGUAAAACAAUCGAUGACGGCACGAGUGAACUCAUCCGCAAAAGAAAAUCUGGUUCACGGCUUACAAAUUGUCCGUUCGAACUAGUGGGUAAAAAGGAUGACGGGUUCUGGGUACUUUCGGUUAAGAACGGGUCGCAUAAUCACGAACCGUUGAGUGAUAUCACACAACAUCCAUCUGCCAGACGGUUUACAGAGGAUGAGGUUUUGCUUAUCAAGGAGAUGACGGAAGCGGGUUUAAAACCGCGUCAAAUUUUAAAGAAACUACGACAACACAAUCCCGAGCUUUUAUCGACUCCGAAGCACGUGUACAAUAUAAAGACCAAGCUUCGUCAAGGAAAUCUUACAGUUAAGAGAUAUAAAACAUUGAGGCCUCAGACUUCAGCUCAAGGAAACUCUAAUUCAUCAACAACGUCAGAGCCAUCAUGGAGACAGCGAUAUCCUCCUAGGGUGCCAAAUUUCAUUGGUGGUAUGUUUAUAGACUCACAAUCAAGAACAUCUAUCGAUGUUAUAAACCCUGCAACCCAACAAGUGGUAUCCCAAGUUCCUCUAACUACUGGUGAAGAGUUUAGAGCAGCAGUAUAUGCAGCUAAAUGCUCUCUUCCAUCAUGGCGAAAUACACCUGUCAUGACACGUCAGCGUAUCAUGUUCAGGUUUCAGGAACUUAUUCGUAGAGACAUUGAUAAGAUUGCUCAAAAUAUAACUUCAGAGCAGGGAAAGACACUGAAGGAUGCACGUAAUGAGAUGCUGCGUGGACUUGAGGUGGUUGAACAUGCGUGUGGGAUGACAUCACUCCAAAUGGGGGAUUUUGUUUCGAACAUCAGAAGCGGAGUUGAUAGCUAUAGCCUGCGGGAACCACUCGGUGUUUGUGCUGGAAUAUGUCCUUCUAACUUUCCCGCAUUAGUUCCUUUGUUGAUGUUUCCGAUAGCAGUAGCAUGUGGUAAUACGUUUAUUCUUAAGCCAUCUGAGAAAGAUCCAGGGGCAUGCAUGAUACUUGCAGAAUUAGCAAUGGAGGCUGGUUUGCCCAACGGUGUACUAAAUGUCGUUCACGGAACUAAUGAUAUUGUCAAUGCCAUAUGUGAUGAUGAUGAUAUCAAAGCUAUAACAUUUGUUGGUCCAGAUUCUUCUGGUUCACACAUUCACGCAAGAGCCUCUUCAAAUGGUAAACGUGUACAGUCAAAUAUUGGUGCAAAAAACCAUUCAAUUGUAAUGCCUGAUGCAAAUAUGGACGCCACAUUGGACGCUCUUGCUGCUGCCGGAUUUGGUGGUGCCGGACAAAGGUGUACAACGCUGAAUACGGUUGUAUUUGUUGGAGGUUCAAAAUCAUGGGAAGAAAAACUAGUGGAGCGUGCCAAAGCACUUAAAGUAAAUGUUGGAACCGACCCUGAUACAGACAUCGGCCCUGUGAUCAAUAAAAUGGCAAAGGAAAAAGUAAAUAGAUUAAUCCAAUUAGGUAUCGAGGCUGGUGCUAGAUUAAUUCUGGAUGGAAGACAUAUUGAGGUUCCAAAGUAUGAAAUGGGUAAUUUUAUCGGGCCGACCAUCUUAUCUGAUGUUACAGAUGGAAUGGAAUGUUACAAGGAAGAGAUUACUGGCCCGGUUCUUCUCUGUAUGCAGGCUGGAAGCUUAGAGGAAGCCAUAGCUAUUGUCAACAGAAACAGGUAUGGAUUCGGUGCAUCAAUAUUCACUAAAAAUGGUGCAUCAGCAAGGAAAUUUCAAACUGAGAUAGAAGCUGGGCAGGUUGGUGUAAACGUCCCUGUCCCGGCCCCACUACCGUUCUUUGCGUUUACUGGAACAGAGGCGUCUUUCUCAGGAGACCUAAAUUUCCAUGGUAAAACAGGGGUUGACUUUUACACACAGAUCAAGACGGUGAGUCAACAAUGGAAGGAUUUUAGGAUUAACGACGAAAUUCCACUGGAAAUGCCUCCAACCAAUUUUCAGAGCAGUGACGGAACAUCCUUGUUAUUACCGACUCACAAUUUUCCCAAUACCGAUGAUGACAGAGGGCACCUGGCAUCCCCGUCAGAUAACCUUGAUUGUGACAAUGGACCGUCGUUUACGAUACCACAUAAAGAUUUUCAAACGGGUGAAGCUGUGUCUCUUGGUUUGCAGCUCAGAGAUUUUCAAAACAGCGAUGUAUCUCCUGCUUUGCUCAUGUCGGAUGGAUCACAGGACCCCAAGUUCUUGACCCAUUUUCUUAACUGGAGCCGUAACGCUCAAUAGUAUUCAUGCACUUGUCAACGUAGCGGGCUUUAAGAGAACGUAGUAUUCAUGCACUUGUCAAUGUAGCAGGCUUUAAGGGAACGUUUGUGCGCAUGUGCGGGUGGGUAGUCCUCAAAAAUGUUGAUUAUAUCUUGUACUGUAAAAAGAUUUACAAUUUAGUUAAGCUUGGUGUAGUUAAGUUAUGAAGUGAUAAAUGUUACAUGUGAUUAAUGAUUGAUUGUUGUUUAAAUGAAUCUAUCAUAGAAUGAUCUUGGUAAUGCUUU